AGUCACACUCUGCGGACGCACACGCGCUGCGGCAGCUGACAGUUUCAGUAAACCACGGAGACGAACGGAUUACGGGCGACGCUGGCGAAAUUGAAACAAUAAAAUAGAAACAGCAAGAGAAACAACAUAAUAAUAAUAGCAAUAGUUUGAUAAUAGGCGAACAUGCAAUUACAUAUAUUAAAGUCAUAGCAAUAAUCCAAGCAAACACAAGCGGAAAACAAACAGAAAACAGAAAACAGCCACGCAAAAGCAAACCAAUAACAAUAAUAUUUAAUGCAUAAUAAUAGUAAUAUUUGAUAAUAUUAAUACUAAUAAUAGUCAGGCCGUAACAGCUCUCUGGGAACAAAGUGCAGCGUUCGAAGUAAUCGCCGUCGUCUUGGCUGUUGUUAAGCCACCACUCCAGCAUCCUCCCGCUUAAAAACAAAAACCAAAAACAAAAACAAAACAAAGCCCAAGGAACUCAAAAACCAAAAACAAAAAUAACACCAAGUAAUACUUAUAAAAAACAAAAAAUUCAUCUUCUACUUGUUCUUCUGCUUCAACUUUCUUCGUCUUCGUCUCCGUUAUAAAUAUAUAUAUACAUAUAUCAUAUACAUACAUAUAUAUCCGUGUGUGUGUGUGUGCGUCGCGUGUGUACUGGUGCAUGUGAAUGUGUGAGCUACAACAAUCACUAAAACAACAACAACAACAAUAGUUAACAACAACAGCAGCGGAAACUACAACUACAACUAAAACUACAACAGCAGCAAGCAAAAUAGCAGCCAAAGCACCAGAAACAGCAACAGCAACAACAACUACCACAAUUGCAACAACAACAAUAAGCAGAGCAUCAACGAAAGCAAGCAGUCAAGCGCAACAUCGAUUGACAUCGAUUAACGCAUCGUGCUAAGCGGCGGGCGCUAAUCGAACAUGGCGCCUCGGAUAUAGUUGUAGCUUUAAUGUAGCAGGCGACAUCCAUGUGCCUCAUGCCUUGGAAAUCUAAGGCUCUCAUCGUUGGCCGCAUAGACAAUGACAGAAGAUUCCGACUCGAUAUCUGAGGAAGAACGCAGUUUGUUCCGUCCCUUUACCCGCGAAUCAUUGGUGCAAAUCGAACAACGCAUUGCCGCUGAACAUGAAAAGCAGAAGGAGCUGGAAAGAAAGAGAGCCGAGGGAGAGGUGCCGCAAUAUGGUCGCAAGAAAAAACAAAAAGAAAUCCGAUAUGAUGACGAGGACGAGGAUGAAGGUCCACAACCGGAUCCUACACUUGAACAGGGUGUGCCAAUACCUGUUCGACUGCAGGGCAGCUUCCCUCCGGAAUUGGCCUCCACUCCUCUCGAGGAUAUCGAUCCCUUCUACAGCAAUAUACUGACAUUCGUAGUUGUAAGCAAAGGAAAAGAUAUUUUUCGCUUUUCUGCAUCAAAAGCAAUGUGGCUGCUCGAUCCAUUCAAUCCGAUACGUCGUGUGGCCAUUUACAUUUUAGUGCAUCCAUUAUUUUCGUUAUUCAUCAUAACCACAAUUCUCGUCAACUGCAUCCUGAUGAUAAUGCCGACAACGCCCACGGUUGAGUCCACUGAGGUGAUAUUCACCGGAAUCUACACAUUUGAAUCAGCUGUUAAAGUGAUGGCACGAGGUUUCAUUUUAUGCCCGUUUACGUAUCUUAGAGAUGCAUGGAAUUGGCUGGACUUCGUAGUAAUAGCUUUAGCUUAUGUGACCAUGGGUAUAGAUUUAGGUAAUCUUGCAGCCUUGCGAACGUUUAGGGUGCUGCGAGCGCUUAAAACCGUAGCCAUUGUGCCAGGCUUGAAAACCAUUGUCGGUGCGGUCAUCGAAUCUGUAAAGAAUCUGCGCGAUGUGAUAAUUUUGACAAUGUUCUCCCUAUCGGUGUUCGCGCUGAUGGGGCUGCAAAUCUACAUGGGCGUGCUAACGCAGAAGUGCAUCAAGAAGUUCCCGCUGGACGGCUCCUGGGGCAACCUGACCGACGAGAACUGGGACUAUCAUAAUCGCAACAGCUCCAAUUGGUAUUCGGAGGACGACGGUAUAUCCUUUCCGUUGUGCGGUAAUAUCUCUGGAGCGGGGCAAUGUGAAGACGAUUACGUGUGUCUGCAGGGGUUCGGCCCGAACCCGAACUAUGGCUACACCAGUUUCGAUUCGUUCGGUUGGGCGUUUCUGUCCGCCUUCCGGCUGAUGACGCAGGACUUCUGGGAGGAUCUGUAUCAGCUGGUGUUACGCGCCGCGGGACCCUGGCACAUGCUGUUCUUUAUAGUCAUCAUCUUCCUAGGUUCAUUCUAUCUUGUGAAUUUGAUUUUGGCCAUUGUUGCCAUGUCGUAUGACGAAUUGCAAAAGAAGGCCGAAGAAGAAGAGGCUGCCGAAGAGGAGGCGAUACGUGAAGCCGAAGAAGCCGCCGCCGCCAAAGCAGCCAAGCUGGAGGAGCGCGCCAAUGCGCAGGCCCAGGCCGCCGCCGAUGCAGCCGCCGCCGAAGAGGCGGCCCUACAUCCGGAGAUGGCCAAGAGUCCGACGUAUUCGUGCAUUAGCUAUGAGCUGUUCGUGGGCGGCGAGAAAGGCAACGAUGACAACAACAAGGAGAAAAUGUCCAUACGCAGCGUUGAGGUGGAGUCGGAGUCGGUGAGCGUUAUACAAAGACAACCAGCACCUACCACAGCACACCAAGCUACCAAAGUUCGUAAAGUGAGCACGACAUCCUUAUCCUUACCUGGUUCACCGUUUAACAUACGCAGGGGAUCACGUAGUUCUCACAAGUACACGAUACGGAACGGACGUGGACGCUUUGGUAUACCCGGUAGCGAUCGCAAGCCGUUGGUAUUGUCAACAUAUCAGGAUGCUCAGCAGCACUUGCCCUAUGCCGAUGAUUCGAACGCCGUUACGCCCAUGUCCGAGGAGAACGGGGCCAUAAUAGUGCCCGUUUAUUAUGGCAAUCUAGGCUCCAGGCAUUCAUCGUAUACCUCGCAUCAGUCCAGAAUAUCGUAUACCUCACAUGGCGAUCUACUGGGCGGCAUGGCCGUCAUGGGCGUCAGCACAAUGACCAAGGAGAGCAAAUUGCGAAAUCGCAACACACGCAAUCAAUCAGUGGGCGCCACCAAUGGCGCCACCACCUGUCUGGACCCCAAUCACAAGGUCGAGCAUCGCGACUUCGAAAUCGGCCUGGAGUGCACGGACGAAGCUGGCAAGAUUAAACAUCAUGACAAUCCUUUUAUCGAGCCCGUCCAGACACAAACGGUAGUCGACAUGAAAGAUGUGAUGGUACUGAAUGACAUUAUCGAACAGGCCGCUGGUCGGCACAGUCGGGCUAGUGAUCGCGGUGUCUCCGUUUACUAUUUCCCAACAGAGGACGAUGAUGAGGAUGGGCCGACGUUCAAAGACAAGGCCCUCGAAGCGUUAAUGAAAGGCAUCGAAGUGUUUUGUGUGUGGGACUGUUGCUGGGCUUGGUUAAAAUUACAGGAGUGGAUCUCGCUGAUCGUCUUCGAUCCCUUUGUCGAGCUCUUCAUCACGCUGUGCAUUGUGGUCAACACGAUGUUCAUGGCCAUGGACCACCACGACAUGAACAAGGAGAUGGAGCGCAUCCUCAAGAGUGGCAAUUAUUUCUUCACGGCAACAUUCGCCAUUGAGGCAACCAUGAAACUGUGUGCCAUGAGCCCCAAGUACUAUUUCCAGGAGGGCUGGAACAUCUUUGACUUCAUCAUUGUGGCCCUCUCAUUGCUGGAGCUGGGCCUCGAGGGCGUUCAGGGCCUCUCCGUCUUGCGCUCGUUUCGUUUGCUGCGUGUAUUCAAAUUGGCCAAGUCCUGGCCAACACUUAAUUUACUCAUUUCGAUUAUGGGACGCACCAUGGGCGCUUUGGGUAAUCUGACAUUUGUACUUUGCAUUAUCAUCUUCAUCUUUGCGGUGAUGGGAAUGCAACUGUUCGGAAAGAAUUAUCAUGAUCACAAGGAUCGCUUCCCGGACGGCGACCUGCCACGCUGGAACUUCACCGACUUUAUGCACAGCUUCAUGAUCGUGUUUCGGGUGCUAUGCGGCGAGUGGAUCGAGUCAAUGUGGGACUGCAUGUACGUGGGCGAUGUAUCGUGCAUUCCAUUCUUCUUGGCCACCGUUGUUAUCGGCAAUCUAGUGGUUCUUAACCUUUUCUUAGCCCUGCUUUUGUCCAAUUUUGGCUCAUCUAGCUUAUCAGCGCCGACAGCCGAUAACGACACCAAUAAAAUAGCCGAGGCCUUCAAUCGAAUUGGCCGAUUUAAAAGUUGGGUUAAGCGUAAUAUUGCUGAUUGUUUCAAGUUAAUACGUAACAAAUUGACAAAUCAAAUAAGUGAUCAACCAUCAGGUGAGAGGACCAACCAGAUCAGUUGGAUUUGGAGCGAAGAGCACGGCGACAACGAGCUGGAGCUGGGCCACGACGAGAUACUCGCCGACGGCCUCAUCAAGAAGGGCAUCAAGGAGGCGACACAGCUGGAGGUAGCCAUCGGCGAUGGCAUGGAGUUCACGAUACACGGCGACAUGAAGAACAACAAGCCGAAGAAAUCCAAAUAUCUAAAUAACGCAACGAUGAUUGGCAACUCAAUUAACCACCAAGACAAUAGACUGGAACACGAGCUAAACCAUAGAGGUUUGUCCUUACAGGACGACGACACUGCCAGCAUUAACUCAUAUGGUAGCCAUAAGAAUCGACCAUUCAAGGACGAGAGCCACAAGGGCAGCGCCGAGACGAUGGAGGGCGAGGAGAAGCGGGACGCCAGCAAGGAGGAUUUAGGUCUCGACGAGGAGCUCGACGAGGAGGGCGAAUUGGAGGAGGGCCCGCUCGACGGCGACAUCAUCAUACAUGCAACCGAUGAGGAUAUACUCGACGAAUAUCCAGCUGAUUGCUGCCCCGAUUCGUACUAUAAGAAAUUUCCGAUCUUAGCCGGUGAUGAUGACUCGCCAUUCUGGCAAGGAUGGGGCAAUUUACGACUGAAAACUUUUCAAUUAAUUGAAAAUAAAUAUUUUGAAACAGCUGUUAUCACUAUGAUUUUAAUGAGUAGCUUAGCUUUGGCAUUAGAAGAUGUACAUCUGCCACAAAGACCCAUACUGCAGGAUAUUUUAUACUAUAUGGACAGAAUAUUUACGGUUAUAUUCUUCUUGGAAAUGUUAAUCAAGUGGUUGGCGCUCGGCUUCAAAGUGUACUUCACGAACGCGUGGUGCUGGCUCGAUUUCGUCAUUGUCAUGGUAUCGCUUAUCAACUUCGUUGCUUCACUUGUUGGAGCUGGUGGUAUUCAAGCCUUCAAGACUAUGCGAACGUUAAGAGCACUGAGACCACUACGUGCCAUGUCCCGUAUGCAGGGCAUGAGGGUCGUCGUUAAUGCGCUGGUACAAGCUAUACCGUCCAUCUUCAAUGUGCUAUUGGUGUGUCUAAUAUUUUGGCUAAUUUUUGCCAUAAUGGGUGUACAGCUUUUUGCUGGAAAAUAUUUUAAGUGCGAGGACAUGAAUGGCACGAAGCUCAGCCACGAGAUCAUACCAAAUCGCAAUGCCUGCGAGAGCGAGAACUACACGUGGGUGAAUUCAGCAAUGAAUUUCGAUCAUGUAGGUAACGCGUAUCUGUGCCUUUUCCAAGUGGCCACCUUCAAAGGCUGGAUACAAAUUAUGAACGAUGCUAUCGAUUCACGAGAGGUGGACAAGCAGCCAAUUCGUGAAACGAACAUCUACAUGUAUUUAUAUUUCGUAUUCUUCAUCAUAUUUGGAUCAUUUUUCACACUCAAUCUGUUCAUUGGUGUUAUCAUUGAUAAUUUUAAUGAGCAAAAGAAAAAAGCAGGUGGAUCAUUAGAAAUGUUCAUGACAGAAGAUCAGAAAAAGUACUAUAAUGCUAUGAAAAAGAUGGGCUCUAAAAAACCAUUAAAAGCCAUUCCAAGACCAAGGUGGCGUCCACAAGCAAUAGUCUUUGAAAUAGUAACCGAUAAGAAAUUCGAUAUAGUCAUAAUGUUAUUCAUUGGUCUGAACAUGUUCACCAUGACACUCGAUCGUUACGAUGCGUCGGACACGUACAACGCGGUCCUUGACUAUCUCAAUGCGAUAUUCGUAGUUAUUUUCAGUUCCGAAUGUCUAUUAAAAAUAUUCGCUUUACGAUAUCACUAUUUUAUUGAGCCAUGGAAUUUAUUUGAUGUAGUAGUUGUCAUUUUAUCCAUCUUAGGUCUCGUACUUAGCGAUAUUAUCGAGAAAUACUUCGUAUCGCCAACACUGCUCCGAGUGGUGCGCGUGGCCAAAGUGGGACGCGUACUGCGUCUGGUGAAGGGCGCCAAGGGUAUACGAACGCUGCUGUUCGCCCUGGCCAUGUCGCUGCCGGCGCUGUUCAACAUCUGCCUGCUGCUGUUCCUGGUCAUGUUCAUCUUCGCGAUCUUCGGCAUGUCGUUCUUCAUGCAUGUGAAGGAGAAGAGCGGCAUCAACGACGUCUACAACUUCAAGACGUUCGGACAGAGCAUGAUCCUGCUCUUUCAGAUGUCUACCUCAGCCGGUUGGGAUGGUGUACUCGACGCCAUUAUCAAUGAGGAAGCAUGCGAUCCACCCGACAACGACAAAGGCUAUCCGGGCAAUUGUGGUUCAGCGACCGUUGGAAUAACGUUUCUCCUCUCAUACCUAGUUAUAAGCUUUUUGAUAGUUAUUAAUAUGUACAUUGCUGUCAUUCUCGAGAACUAUAGUCAGGCCACCGAGGAUGUGCAGGAGGGUCUCACCGACGACGAUUACGAUAUGUACUACGAGAUCUGGCAACAGUUCGACCCGGAGGGCACCCAGUACAUACGAUACGACCAGCUGUCCGAGUUCCUCGACGUGCUGGAGCCUCCGCUCCAGAUCCACAAGCCCAACAAGUACAAAAUCAUAUCGAUGGACAUACCCAUCUGUCGCGGUGACCUCAUGUACUGUGUGGACAUACUGGACGCACUGACCAAAGACUUUUUCGCGCGCAAAGGCAAUCCCAUUGAGGAGACGGGCGAGAUCGGCGAGAUCGCCGCCAGGCCGGACACCGAGGGCUACGAGCCCGUCUCCUCCACCCUCUGGCGCCAGCGGGAGGAGUACUGUGCCCGCCUCAUCCAACAUGCCUGGCGCAAGCAUAAAACGCGCGCCGAGGGCGGUGGUGCACCGUCCGACGCAGAAGGCGGCCCCGAGGAUGGCGACGGAGGCGGCGAUGCGGGUGAUCUGGAUGAUCCAGAUGCUGCAGCCGAUGCAGCACCCACUGGGCCCCAUGAUGGGGCGGCGGCACUCGAUCCCGAGAACGAUCCAUCGGGAGCUGCGGCGGCCCCACAGCCAGCCGGCGACGGCGGCGAGGGACCGGAAGGAGGAGCAACAGCCGAUCCGCACGAGAGCAAUGUAAAUAGUCCGACGAUGGACGGCGCCGCGGCGGCGGCGUCGGGUAGCCCGGGCGCAGGGAGCGCCGGCAGCACCGGCCGACAGACGGCCGUCCUCGUGGAGAGUGAUGGGUUUGUGACCAAGAACGGGCACAAGGUUGUAAUACACUCGCGUUCGCCGAGCAUAACGUCGCGCACGGCGGAUGUCUGAGCCAGGCCUCGCCCCCCCCUCCAAGAUGCACGCGAGUAUUAGGUGCAGUGCAAUGGUGGCGCAACAACAACAGCAACAACAUCAUGUGCCACUUGCAACUGCAACUGCAACAACAGCAACAGGAAGAAAAAUAAGAAGAAGAACAACAACAACAGCAUCAACAACAACAACAACAACAACAACAACAGUGAGCUAACAACAACAAGCAUAAUUUUCUGCUAUAAAAAGUGCAACAACAACAAGAAAACACCAACAAACAUCAGCUAAAAUUUGAGUUCCAUCAGUUCCGAGUCAACAACCAACAGCAACCAACAACAACAACCCAAACAACAAUCAUAUUUAAGCUAAACCAAAAUGUCUAAAUAUUUUGUAAGCAGCUCGUAGUAAUUCAUUAGAUUAGAGGCAAUUUCCCCCUAAAAAACCAACAAAAACCACAAAUCAAAUACUUAUAACCCCAUUGGCCCAAGUAGAACCAAAGAAGAAUCCAACCAAAAAAUUACAAAAAUGACUAAUAAGAAUGGAAAUGAACACCAAACAAGCAUACCACAUAAGUUAACACAGACAGACCCUGAAUAUAUAAUAUAGUAUAUAGUAUCCAUUCCCAUUCCGAUUCCCAUAGAACCGAGAAGCGAACAAUUUUUAAGGACUGUUUUUGCUGGUAGGAGGAAAUAGUACUGCGAAAGCACUAUGGAGAAGAUCGAUUUCACUUUCUAUCCAAGACAAAUUUCACACGCUUGAUUUAACUGAAACAAAAAACAAAACCCAUAAAAACAAGUAUGAAGAACAGAGCCAGUAAAGAGUAUGAGUGACAUGUGCAGGAGGAGUAAUACGCAGCAGGAGAAGAAAUAUAGAAGCAGUAGGAAACAUUUCCCCAACAACCACAACAACAACCCCCCCUUCCACACAAAAGCAACGUUUUAUGUAACCAAAGUACAUCCAUGAACUUUGUUAACUAAUUCUAGAGAGAAAGGACACCAAAUUACCUACAUAACUGCAUAGUUUGUAUUAUACAUUUUAUCCAAUUAACGAAAAACCAAAUGAAUUAAACCAAACGGGAUUAGAUCAAAAGCAAAAGCGAAACACCCAAAGGAAAAACAGCAACUAGUAGAGUUCAAAUAAAGAAGAAAACACCAAAUGAAGAAAAUUAAAGAAACAACAACCGCCUGAACUGCCAUCAAAAGCAAUACAAAAUAAAACAAAAACAAAUACGAAUACGAAUAUAUAGCGACAAAAAGUAGAACCAACAAAAAAAACACACACCCACACAGACGCAGAAGCAGAAACAGAAACAGAGAGUAUAAGAGAGAGUUGACAUUUCGCGGCGCCGAUAGAAACAGCACUGAAACGCAACGCAGCGCAACGCGAUCGUGCGCCUAUCGAUAACACAUUUCGUUUGCAGUUCGGUUACAGCAGAGCGGAUAACUAUCGCCCAAUAAUCGGUAGGACAGUUGCAUAGGCAGGCGUAGCGGCAAUUAGCAAAGAAAAUCACAAAAGUUUAAAGCAUACAUCUCACACACAAGCCACACACAGAUACAUACACCAACAUACCAACCAACAGCCCACCCACCCACAUCACUCACACAGAAAUGCAUACAUAUACAUACACAUACGAAAAUACAAAUGUGGAAAGCAGGAGACAAGUUGGCAUUGCUGCAUUGUUGAGGUUAUGUCCAGCACACACACACACACUGACACUCACACACACGCAUACUGACACACAACAAGAACAAUACCAAUGAAAAUCUUGGAGUUGGGGCGCAUGGAGCCAAUGGAAGUGGAAGAAAACCAAACCCUAUAAAAAAAACCCAAAUAUUUUGAAAUUCAGAUUUGAGUAACAAACAAAAACAAUGAAGGAGCAAGUGUAUGGAAAACACGUAGUGGAGGAUCAAAGGAUCCUUAAAAGUGCUUAAAACGAAACGAACAAUACCAGGUGGAACAACACAGAGUUGUAUGUGAAAGUAAAUGAAAGUUAGGACCCACCUCCGUCUGGGGAUGGAAGGAACAAAGUGAGCAAAAAGUGUAUACAAAACACGGGACAAAGCACACAAAAACCAAAACAAAAAACAAUAAUUGAAAUGCAAAAACUGAAUAAAACAAAUGUUAAGAGGUUUUAAUUUCAAUGUGCUCUAUUUUUCACAUUCUUCUUCUUUUUUACUUCCUAAUCUACAAGUAAACGAACGAAAAUCGUAAAAAAAAAACAAGAAAAAACAAAACGAAAAACGAACAACAAAAAGCGAAAUUAAAACAAAAUCAAAGCCAGUAAAUACCAAACGAAAAUAUAUAUUAUAUGUAAUUGUAACAUAACUAAUUUAAAUACAAUACGAUUACGAUAUUGAAUUCAAACAAAGUUUUAGCCCCGAAACUUCAGUGGCAUGCCAUUCGCAUUUGCAGUCUCAUUCGCUUCCCCUAUUUCCCCUUUCGUGUUAUUUGCCACAAACCGCGGCACAGCAAUCAAUUGGAGGAAGGAAAAUCUAAACCAAACCAAAAACAAAAACCAAACAAAACCAAUCAAUACAGUAGGAAAUGUACCCUUCAUUUGCGCCAAAUUAUGCCAAGCUAAGCUUUGUUUGAAUUAGCUGCUUUACCGCCUUUGGUUUUUUUGAUUUCUCUCUCUCUCUCUCUCUGUCUCGUUUUAUUUAAUAGCCAUGCCUUUUUGCUCCUGUAUGCCUCUGUAUUUAGUUCUCUAUUAACAAGCAAGCGAUAGGCGAUUUCGAUUGCGAUUACGAUUACGAUUAUAAUAGCAAUAACGAUGAACUAUCUAAAUGUACCCUGCCAUCUGCCAUGGAUGAGGAUCUGACUCGAGUAAUGCCACAAAAUAAAGUUAAUAAAGUGAGGUUCCAUUGCGCACAUACACACAUGCACCCACACUUAGACACACAUAGAACACACACACAAACACACACACACACAGACACACACACAUGUAAAUGCUUUGCUUUUGGUAGGGAAAAGUGAAAACUUUGGAGAAAAUGAGCUUUUUCAUGUUUAGACAAUACCAGUCCACACCCCGAGAUAUACUCACACAUACAUAGAUUCUUCACCAGCCCCAGAGAUAGAAAUCGUAUCUGGAGAACCACCCUUCGAAUGGCGACUCUCUUCUCGCUGACUUACUCUCAAUCGAUGUCCGUCACAUAUUGAAAGAACUAUACGAACCAUGCUUUUACACACUGCCUGACUUCGAACUAAGUAUCUGUUGAAUCGAAUACCAAAUAGAAAUGCGGAUCUUGUUCUAAUUCCCACACCCAACCACCCAACCACCCAAUCACUCAACCACCCACACCCUAUGGAACUAAUUAUAGUCUAGAAAGCGAACAAGCAUCGUACAAAAUUGAAUUGACAAAAUCACCAUCAGGCAAAACCACAAAUACGAAAUUCUGAGUCUUGCAUAUUUCCCUAUAGUUUCCACAUAGUUUUCAUUAAUAGUUGACCGAUUCCAUCACACUUGUAUAGUUUCUUGAUAUCAAAUGCCACCUUACCGACACUUUACAAACGGAAGCAGCAGACAGUUAAAACAGUUGUGUGACUGUACCUGUAGCUAACCGUUUGGUAGGCCACUUGGUAUCGAAUGAACUUUCACCAAUCGAUUGUAUGAUGGAAAAAUCACACACAAACCAAACCACGCAACACUUUACCAACACUAAAGCGUUCCAUAUUUGAAAAAAAAAGGAAAAAACACACGUAAAUCAAAAAGUUCAAAUGCAACCUAACCCAAAUGCAAACGUAAUGCUAAUGCAGACAGAAAGUAAAAGUAAUUAACAUAUGGACAUUAUGGGGACCAGUUUAAGCAAUGCCUUAAAGUCCAAAGAUUUUGUAUUUUUUGUUUUGCGCACGCUUUUAAAAGAGCUUUUUCAAUGAAGUCCAACCCAAACCCAAAACCAAACCCAAAACCUAAGCCCGAACCCGACUCGAACAGACUCCUCCUUUGGUUUUAACAUAGCGGAUCUUUGUUUGACGCCUUCAUGACCGCCCGAAUCCCGUAUCCCUAGUCCCCCAGCUUCUCUAGGCCCAAUUCCCCAGAGUCCAAGAGUCCAAAAGUCCCUCCCCGCCACCCACCACAUUGAGUUGACGCUUGAUGCCAAUUGCCAAUUUUGUAACGACUUGAAUGUAGCUUCAUUAUUAUACAUUUUGUUGGCUGUUUGACUUAUAAUACGAAUACCCACAACGAUAAAUAAUAGAACACAUGAAAGAAAGAAAGAAACGCAAGCGAUAACCAACUGAUAACAGAAAAUUAAGUUUGGCAAUUCCGAGCAAACUGCAUAAGCUAAAGGAAAACCUAAUGAUAAUGAAACAAAUGCAAAUAAUAUUUCUACUUAUACUGAGUGCACUGUUAUAAACGAGGGGCGGGGCGAGAUUAAAUAAAACAAAAAACAAACAAAAACAAAAAACAAAAACGAAACAAAUCAAACGAAAAUUAUGAUAAUAAUGAUGAAAAACCAAAAACCAUCUAUUAUAAUAAUGAUAUUUACUUCGAGAUAUUGUUCUAUAAAUGUGUGAAGAACAUCAUCUGCAAUAAAAGCGACAGCAGCGCAACAACAACAGCCACCAAUGAAGCUUAUGCAAACCACAAAAAAAACGAUGGAAAAAGAAGAAGAUAGUCAGAAGCUAUCGCAUAUAAUAAUCUUGUAAAUUUACAUUAAUAAAAAGCCGAGGAUGAACUGAGCGCUUGAGAGAAUGUGAAAGAAAGAAAAAUGAAUUUUUAGCAAAAUGGAAGUUCAAACAGAGCGGAAAGGGAAACGGAAACGGAAAUCGAAAAGUUCGAAAAAGUUCGAAGAGUUGAAUAACCAAGUACAAGUCGAGUUAGGAACAACAAGCGUUGAGGAUGAGAAUAUAUAGAAGAAUAUAGAAGAUCUAUUUCAUAUUUUUAGCAUACGUGUAAACAUAUUUUUUGUGCCGAGGUUACGUUCGAAGCAACACGCGCAUCAUUGCCAUUAGACAGAAUAAAGUUAUUAUACACAUAUACAAUAUGCCUAUGAAAGAAAAAACCAGAAAAACAAAAAAACAAAACAAAAACAAAAACAAAAAACAAGAUGACAAACGAAAAACUAAGAACUAAUAAUUAUAAUACAAAUCAACUGCAUAUUUUGUGCUGCUGAAGAAAGUCACAACGCAACAAACAAACAAAAAACAUGAUAACAAUAAAGCGAAUAUCAAUUUCUAACAAAUUUUAGAGCAAUACCACAAACACACACACACACACAGAAACACUGUCACACACUGUCACACACCGGAAGCAUGAAAGCAGACACGUAUUUUGCGCCGUCAAUCGCUUGAAAUCGAUUGAUAUCGAUCGCAGCAAUCGAAUGGAAACAGCGAGAAAGCCUGCAGCGAGUGACUCGUUUCUGUAGCCGCCCAUUGUCGGCGCAAAGUAAACAGACAGACAGAUGCAAAUACGAAAUGCAACAAGCUAACAAAACAAAAACAAACA